AUGGCCUUCCGCAUGAUUCAGCCAUUGGCUCGCGCCGCCCCGCGCACCAUCCGCCUUACGCAGAAACGCUUCCUCGAUACAGCAACAGCACCUUCUCUCUACGCCGCUCAUGCUAAGGUGGUAGGCGCUCGUACUGGCCAUGUUGAGGGCGAUGAUCUCGUUGUCGACCUCACCAUGUCCAAAGCUCUCGGAGGCGCUGGAGAUAGAGGCAAGACGAACCCCGAAGAGCUGUUCGCCGCGGGUUACGGAGCAUGCUUUCAAAGUGCCAUGAACGCAUCAGCGCUCGGGAUGGGUCUGAAGAUGCCCGAAAACAAGGAAGAUAGCAUCGUGGAGACAACAGUGCAUCUGGUGGGCGACAUGAAGCAGCUGGAUCUGGGCUUACGGGUUGACAUGAAAGUCAAAGUCCGGGGGAUGAAGAAGGAAGAUGUAGAGAAGAUCGUGGAGAAGACGAAGACGGUCUGUCCAUAUAGCCGUGCUACGCAAGGUAAUGUUGCGACCAAUAUCGAGCUGGAGAUACUAUAG